AAUUCAGCUCACUGAUCUGGCAGAAAAUGAUGUUGAGGGUAGCUUUUCUGCAGAGUUAACAAGUUGAUCUACUGAGCACCAGAAAUGAGGUGAAUGCUGGGAGGUUGAGGAUCUGGAGUCCAGCUCAGCCUGAGCUCCUGGGAUCCUGUCACCAUGGAGACUGAAAGUGAGCAGAACUCCAACUCCACCAGCGGGAGCUCCAGUUCUGGAGGAAGCACCCGUCCUCAGAUAUCACAGAUGUCUCUCUAUGAGCGACAGGCAGUACAGGCCCUGCAGGCACUCCAGAGGCAGCCCAAUGCAGCCCAGUACUUCCAUCAGUUUAUGCUCCAGCAGCAGUUUAACAGUGCCCAGCUUCACAGCCUGGCUGCUGUCCAGCAGGCUACAAUUGCAGCCAGUAGACAGGCCAGCUCCCCCAACACUAGCACCUCUCAACAGACCACCACCACCCAGGCUUCUUUGCAUGCUAACAGUGAUACUCAAGCUCAGCAUACGAAUGAGAUCAACCUAGCCACCACAUCAGCUGCUCAGCUGAUCAGUCGGUCACAGAGCGUGAGUUCCCCCAGCGCCACAACCCUGACACAGUCUGUGCUCCUUGGGAAUACCACCUCACCGCCUCUCAACCAGUCACAGGCCCAGAUGUAUCUUCGGCCACAGCUGGGGAACCUGUUGCAGGUAAACCGGACCCUGGGUCGCAAUGUGCCUCUUGCCUCCCAACUCAUCCUGAUGCCCAACGGGGCUGUGGCUGCUGUCCAGCAGGAAGUACCACCCACUCAGUCUCCUGGGGUCCAUGCAGACACAGACCAGGUGCAGAACUUGGCUGUGAGGAGCCAGCAGACCUCCACCACUAACACCCAGCUCCAAGGCUCUGCUCAGAAGGCAGCUCUGCCAGGAAGCUCCCAGGCUUCGGGCUUACCACAGGCCACCAGCACAGGCCAGACCGUGGCAGUGGCUCAGGCCUCCUCUGGCACUGCUGGCCAGUCCCUCAACCUGAGCCAGGGAGCAACAGGCAGCAAUGGUGUCUCCGGGGGUGUGGUGGCAAGUGGUGGGAGCCAGACCUCAAUGGGAUUGAGCCAGACCUCCUCGGCAGGUGCUGCUGGCAGUUGCCAAAGGAAGGGCACAGGGGUGGUUCAGCCAUUACCAGUAGCGGCUGCCCAGGCUGUGACUGUCAGCCAGGGAAGCCAGACAGAGACAGAGAAUGCAGCCACAAAAAAGGGCGAAACGGACAGCAGCGGACAGCAAACAGUGGGCAUGAACCUGACCAGGACUGCUACACCAGCACCCAGUCAGACCUUGAUUAGCUCAGCAACGUAUACGCAGAUUCAGCCACACUCACUGAUCCAGCAGCAGCAGCAGAUCCAUCUGCAGAAGCAGGUGGUGAUCCAGCAGCAGAUAGCCAUUCAUCACCAGCAGCAGUUCCAGCACCGCCAGUCCCAGCUUCUCCACACAGCCACUCAUCUUCAACUGGCCCAACAGCAGCAACAGCAGCAAGCAGCAUCUCUGACCCAACAGCAGCAGCAAGCUCAGCCUCCACAGCAGCAGGCUCCACCUCAGAACCAGCAGCAGGCUCAGACCCUUGUGGUACAACCUAUGUUGCAGUCCCAACCCCAGCAUUUGCAGCUCCAGCAGGACAGUCCUUGCCAGCCAGCCACAAAGUCACCUGUUCCAAUUCAGUCAAAGUCUCUGGUCACCCCCAUCAAACCACCUCAGCUUGGGCCUGCCAAAAUGUCAGCAACACAGCAGCCUCCACCACACAUCCCAGUGCAGGUAGUGGGUACUCGGCAGCAGGGCUCAGGCCAAGCCCAAGCGCUGGGUUUGGCUCAGAUUGCUGCAGCAGUGCCGACAUCCCGGGGAAUGCCAGCUGUAGUCCAGCCUGUUUCCCAAACCCAUGCUGCUUCCCCAUCAUCAUCUUCAGCUCCAGCAUCCUCACAGGAAGCUCCCCCUCUCACCACAGGGGUGAAUUUGGCACAAGUUCAAGGCACAGCCCACAUGGUGAAGAGCCCAGCUUCCUCUCCAGUUGUGGCUCAGAUGCCAGCAGCAUUCUACAUGCAGUCUGUCCAGUUGCCAGGCAAAUCUCAGACCUUAGCAGUAAAGCGCAAGGCAGAGUCAGAGGAGGAGAAGGAGGAAUCACCCAACGUCACUGCACUCCUGCCUGCCAGGUCCUCUCCUGUAACAGACAGCCCCAAAAACAUAGAGGAGAAGAGUGGCCUUGGAGAUAAUUCUGACACUGCUGCCAUUGCAACCCCAAAUACCACGUCAAGUGAAGGAGCCUCAGUUACCCCCACCUCUGCUUCCACCCCAAACCUGGCAAUGGUGUCACGUCAGAUGGGAGACUCCAAACCCCCACAAGCCAUCGUCAAGCCCCAGAUCCUCACACACAUCAUUGAAGGCUUUGUCAUCCAGGAAGGAGCAGAGCCCUUUCCAGUGGGUUGUUCUCAGCUGCUGAAAGAAUCUGAGAAACCACUGCAGGGAGAGGCUCCUUCUGGCCAGAAUGAAAACCUGUCCAGCAAUUCUCUGGGAGGGGACAGUGCUUCCAUGGAGCUUGAUAAGAAGGCAAACUUGUUGAAGUGUGAAUAUUGUGGGAAGUACGCCCCAGCAACCCAGUUCCGUGGCUCCAAGAGGUUUUGUUCCAUGACCUGUGCUAAAAGGUACAAUGUCAGCUGCAGCCAUCAGUUUCGGCUGCAGAGAAAGAAGAUGAAGGAAUUCCAGGAAGCUAACUAUGCUCGUGUGCGCCGACGGGGGCCUCGGCGCAGCAGCUCCGAAAUUGCUCGAACAAAGAUCCAGGGCAAGCGCCACAGGGGUCAGGAAGACUCGAGUCGAGGCUCUGAUAACUCCAGCUAUGAUGAAGCCUUGUCCCCUACAUCUCCAGGACCCCUGUCAGUAAGGGCCAGUCAUGGAGAGAGGGACCUGGCAAACUCUAGUAUGGCCCCACCUACCCCAGAUCUACAUGGCAUCAACCCAGUCUUCCUGUCCAGCAAUCCUAGUCGUUGGAGUGUGGAGGAAGUGUACGAGUUCAUUGCAUCCCUGCAAGGGUGCCAGGAGAUUGCUGAGGAGUUUCGGGCGCAGGAAAUUGAUGGUCAGGCCCUGUUGCUUCUAAAGGAGGAACAUCUCAUGAGUGCCAUGAACAUCAAGCUGGGACCAGCUCUCAAGAUCUGUGCCAAGAUCAAUGUCCUCAAAGAGACCUAACAGCUCUGAAGCCAGAGGUCUCACGUUUGCUCUGAGCCCAGGGCAGCUGCCAGUUUUGGAGCACCCUGCUGGGGCGGGGAAGAAUGGAACAGUCCCCUGUGGUCUUGCAUUCAAGAAGAAUGAGAAGGAAUUUAACUGAUUGAAACUGCCAUGCACAAGCCCAUGUCUUGGUCUCUUAAUGGUGCUAUGAGGUUGGGGAGAACUGCCACCUGGGGCCUUUAAACAACUUCCCUUCUUACUGAUUUUGAAUAUGACUCCCCUAUAUACCACAUAAAACUGUGAAAGGGAUCUCUUUCUGUCUUAAAAGACUUCUGAAAGGGAACUGCCCUCAUCUGUGUUUGCCGUGGCAGGUCUGCUAGAUAUUAGUUUUGAAUAUCGCUGCCAGAACUUGAGGCAUAAGAGCUGGCCCCACAUGGACAUUGGGAGCACCUGUGCUUGGGGUUUCAUGAAAGGUAACUAGAAAAUUUUGAGUGACAGAGGUGGACAAAGAAGAAUUUGAGCAAAAGGGGCUGCUGCUUUUCCACUUUUAAAAAUACCUAGGCUGCUCAUGAACUGGGUUUAAUAGCCAUUCCAGCACACAUACCAAACUUGAAGGCCUGUGGCAAUAGGAGCUGUCGUGUCUUCACUCUGCAUGUCUACAGGAGACAGUAAAGCUAAAGUGUUGUGGCAGCUGUUCACUCCAGGUGCUUCUCUCAGAACCAGUCAGAGGAUUUUUCCUGAGCGCUCAUGACAAAGUGAUGGGAAAAUCAAAGGGGAGGGAGAUUGUCUAAUAUUAGGGAACCUUGCAGCACUAGGUUUGUCUUCCCAUUGUGCCAGGGCAUAAUUUACAGAUCCAAAGGAGUCUCCAGAAGCACCAAGGCUCUUUGUGAAAUAGGCUGGGGUUUUUUUGUUUUGUUUUUG